AUGGGCAUCAAGCAGCUCUUCCAAAUCAUCAAAGAGGAGGCUCCGGAUGCAAUCAAGGAAGGCGAGAUCAAAGGCCAGUUUGGCCGCAAAGUCGCCAUCGAUGCCUCGAUGAGCAUCUACAGCUUCCUCAUCGCCGUGCGAUCGGAUGGCCAGCAGCUCAUGAACGACAGCGGCGAGACGACUUCGCAUCUGAUGGGCAUGUUUUAUCGCACCCUCCGCAUGGUGGAGAAUGGCAUCAAGCCCCUCUAUGUCUUUGACGGCGCACCGCCGAAGCUCAAGUCUGGUGAGCUCGCCAAGCGAUUCCAGCGCAAAAAGGAGGCCACCGAGGGCCUCGAGGAAGCCAAGGAGACGGGCACGGCCGAGGAUGUGGAAAAGUUCUCGAGACGGACAGUGCGGGUGACGCGAGAGCACAAUGCCGAAUGCCAGCGCCUGCUUAAGCUGAUGGGCAUUCCCUACAUCGUCGCGCCGACCGAGGCCGAGGCCCAGUGCGCCGUCCUCGCUCGUGCGGGCAAGGUGUACGCCGCGGCCAGCGAAGACAUGGACACCCUGUGCUUCAACACGCCCAUCCUGCUGCGCCACCUCACCUUUAGCGAGCAACGCAAGGAGCCGAUCCAAGAGAUUCGACUGGACAAGGUCUUGGAGGGACUCAACAUGGAGCGGGAGCAGUUCGUCGAUCUCUGCAUUCUGCUCGGCUGCGACUAUCUCGAUCCUGUACCGAAGAUCGGACCGACGACGGCACUAAAGCUCAUCCGUGAGUAUGGGUCACUCGAGAAAGUUGUCGACGCGUUUGAGAAGGACUCGAAAAAGAAGUUCACCCUGCCCGAGGACUGGCCGUACAAGGACGCCCGGAAUCUGUUCUUCGAGCCCGAUGUCCACCAGGCCGACGAUCCCUUGUGCGACUUCAAAUGGGACAAGCCCGACACCGAGGGCCUGGUCCAGUUUCUCGUCACCGAGAAGGGCUUCUCCGAGGACCGUGUUCGCGGCGGCGGUGCCCGGCUGGAAAAGAACCUCAAGAGUUCUCAGCAAGCUCGUCUCGAGGGCUUCUUCAAGCCCGUGCCCAAAACGGAGGAGGAAAAGGCGGCGCACAAGCGGAAGUUGGAGGAGAAAAACGAGGAGAAGAAGAAGAAACUGAAGUUGGAAAAGAAGGAGAAGGCGGCGGCCAAGGCGAAGCCUCGUGGUGGAGGUGCCUAG